CCGACAGCUUAGCUCCUGUUUCGCAAUCUCUGGUCAUCUGAUAGCCUCAGCUGUCCGGAGAGUCUUGGACGAUCUCUCGCUGAACCACUGUCGGUCCUUUCCCGCGGAUGACGAUAGUCCGCCUCCACCUCCACCUGAGGAGUCACAUUCGCAUCCACGCCUUGUUGUCUGGCUUGCUGCUUCAACGCAGUCUUUCCCCCUUUUUGCGUCCCAGGGCCUUUGAAGAACGAAACACAGCAUGACAGGAUCCAAUGGCCAAACAGUCUCAACCAUCGACAAACGAGACUUCGACUCUCACCGCCCAUUGUUAGAUGGGCUCGAUGCCGGCGAAGACGGAGACGCGGAGGAGCACGGAGCUAUCCGGUCACGACCAGUAUCACGACUCGCCGCGGCCAACGAUGAGGACGGGCUGCUGAACGAUGUGGUGGAAGAGAUACUCGAGCGCGAUCGCAAGAAGAUGGCUAAGGAAGUCAUCCGAAUUGGCAGCUUCGCCUGGGGAGUGAUUACCUGUCUGGGAGCUGGGAGCAUCACGGCCUUUUCUCUCUAUGGUCCCCUUCUGCUGACCCGCCUUCAUUAUACCCAGCUCCGGGUCAACGCGGUCUCGAUCGCCGCGGAGGUCUCGAUGUACCUCCCCGUCCCGCUGUUUGGGUACCUCUGCGACCGAUACUCUCCGUCACCUCUCGCUUUGCUCUCCGGGAUCGUGUUCGGGGCCGGCUACUUGCUGGCUGCCUUCGCCUACCGGAGCGGACCGCCGCCCGAUGCUGGUGGCCAAGGCUGGCCGUUCUGGGUGAUGAUUGUGGCUUUCAUUGCCAUUGGCACCGCCACCAGCUGCAUGUAUCUGGCUGCGGUAACGACAUGCGCGAAGAACUUCGGCCGGGGCAAGCACAAGGGCAUUAUGCUGGCCGUUCCGAUUGCUGGGUUUGGGCUGAGUGGCAUGUGGCAGAGCCAAGUUGGAACAUACUUGCUCUAUGAGCCCAACGAGGAUGGCAGCCGUGGCGAUGUCGAUGUGUACAGGUACUUCGUCUUCCUCGCUCUGCUGUUGCUUUGCAUCGGCGUCGUCGGUACGUUCGCCCUGAAGAUCGUAGAGGAAGACGAGGAGAAAUUCAUCGAUGACGCGGUGGAGGAACUCGAGAGGAGCGGACUUCUCGAAGAAAGCGAGUUCUUCCGAUCAAGAGAUGAGGUCCGGUCGGCGUACGGGACAUUCUCGCAGGCCGACGAUGUCGGCGACUCGGAUGAGGAACGCACACUUGUACGGUCGGAAGAGGAGCUGGAAGCAGCAAGACUGGACAAGCAGCGGGAGGAGGAGGAGCGCAGGAAGAAGAAUUGGCUUUUGAACUAUGAGACCAAGGUUUUUCUUGCAGACCGGUCCAUGUGGUGGCUUGCCGUGGGCUUCUUCUUGGUUACUGGGCCUGGCGAGGCCUACAUCAACAACCUGGGCACAAUCGUACAAACCCUGACCCCCAUCUCCAACCUCCCCAAUGCCCCGUCCCCCGCGGGCCUUCCUUCCACGCACGUCACCACCGUCGCCUUGACCUCGACGAUCGCCCGACUUCUCACCGGCUCACUCUCCGACUUCUUCGCCCCGCAAGCCCGCCACCUGUUGCCCGGAGGCAACCCGGACAUCAAUCGGCCGGCGUCCCCGACGGACCCGCGGAACCGAGUCACCUUCACCCGCCUUGCGUUCCUCCUCCCCUCCGCCUUCCUCCUCUCCCUGGGCUACCUCCUCCUCGCCUCCCCCUUGCCCCUCGAUUACCCGGCUCUCACCCACAUCACCACCGCCCUGGUCGGCCUCGGAUACGGCAGCGCCUUCUCCCUGGUGCCCAUCAUCAUCUCCGUGGUCUGGGGCGUCGAGAACUUCGGGACAAACUGGGGCAUCGUCGCGAUGGUCCCCGCCGCCGGCGCCGCGGCCUGGGGCCUGAUCUACUCGCGCGGCUACCAGGACGCCACGGACGGCGGCAACGGCACGGCCGACGGCCAGUGUCACGGCUGGUGGUGCUACGGGCUCUGGGCGGUGGGCUGCACCGUGAGCGUCUGGGUGGCCAUCGGAGCCUGGUUGGCUGCGUGGCGGCAUUGGCGGCGACGCGGGGUGGUCGUUUGAGGCCGGCUAUUGCCGUCUAUCAUCUGGUUCUUCAUGUCUUUUCCAGUCUGGAAAGCGCUGAUCUUUGGGGUAUGACAUAUUCGGUAUAUAGAUCGGGGAUUUUGUUCUUUUGUUUCCUUGGCAUUGGACUUUUUUUGGCAGUUGGUUCUCAGCCACAUGCAUACCGAGCAGAGCCUUGUGUCACUUCUGGUGUAGUUGAUCUAUUGCCCCAGGUUGUUCUGAAUUAGCUUGUCACUCUAGGGUCUUGCGUGUAUGUCAUCUAUGUGCUUUUGAUUCGUUAUAACAAUUCAU